AUGAGGCCGCAUGGCCCCAGGGCUCUAUUGCGCAACAAAGAGAACCCAGAACUUGAAAGGAUUCCCGGGCUCUGCUGCCGCCCCCAGGCUGCUCUCCGCCCGCGCUGCUGCCCAUCGGUCCCGCAGGGCCCCGCUCGGCCGCCGCCCAGGGAGGAGCUCUCGGCGCGGAGCCUUCACAUCUCCAACACGCCCCCCGCCCGCCACGCCCGCACCGCCCCCCCCCCCCCACCGCCGCGGUCCCCGCUCCUCUGUCCUCCGAUCCCCCGCCCGACCUGGCGCUCGGUCCGACCCCAGCGGGGCCCCCGGCCCUGCCUAGCCCCGAGGGCGCGUCCAAGCGGCGGCCGGGAGCCGAACGCCGACGGGUCUGCGGUCCCGGACGCCCCCCGAGCUUCUCUGGACAGGGGUGGGCCCGGGACCCUGGAUCGGCCAUCCCUGCCCCCUGCAAGCAAGUCCCCCGGGGCGGCGCUUCCAGGCCCAGAGGGAGCGGCCGACCCCGGGGAAGUUACCCCGAAGUCCCCCCGCCUGGGGUCGCCUGCCCGGCCGCCUCCGGGCCAGGGCGGCGGCGCUUACCCUGCAUUCGGGCCCCCGAGGCUCCAGUUCGCUGCUCCCGCCUCCGGCUCCGGCUGCGGCUCCCGCGCCCCCUGGCCGAGCGCGGGCCGCCGGGGGCCGCGAGGGCGGCCGGCGGCGGAGCGGCCCGCGGGCCGGGGCAUCCUGGCGGCGGCUGCCCGUGGCUGGCGCGUUCCGCUCAACUCGACCCCGCCACCCCUCCCUCCCUCCCUCCCUCCCCUCGCGCCGCCGCCGCCGCCACCGCGGCCGUGCUCGGAUCCCGCCGCUUGGCUGGCUGCGCCCCGGCGGCCGGGGGCGGGGGGCGGAGCAGGGCGCAUGCCUCCGCGGGCGCCUCCGCGCCGCCCCUCGGACCGCCCCGCCCCCGACUCUCGGAGGCGCGGCCCGCUGAGUCUGUCUGUCGGUCCGCGAGUCUGUGGGUCCUCAGUCUCGCAUCGGCGGGGGCGCGCCCUCCGCAUGCGCGCCUCCCGGCCGAAGCCCCCUAGGGAGGGCGGCGUCUCCGGCGAAGCAUGGGCAAUCUUGGCCUCUUGCUGUCGUCUUGGGUCUGUCCACACUCUGGACGCUGGACACGGCCUGCCAGCCGCCUGGGGGCUUGGGGCAGGAAUGGACAGUGGGAACCUAGGGCCGGGAGUAGAGGGCUCAGGGACGGCUUCUCAAAGAAAGCCGGAUCUAAGGUGAACUAUAGGGGCGGAGCAGGGAGAAUACUUGGGGGGACCUGAGGACUAGCAGCCUCCAGAAAUUAGGGAG